AUGGGGGUUGGUUCAAGUGAUUCAUCACUUGAUAACGUUUUCAUCAUUGUAUUUCGCCCUCUAUCGGUUUCGUCAAUUAUUAGCAAAGCAUGUGAACAACAUCAAGAAUAUUUAAAGGCUACACAAAAAAGAACGGAUUUAGAUGGCAUGACAAGUAAUCCUUCGACUGUACAAAGUGUUCCAUCUGCGUGGUUACCUCCACCGACGGGUUGUCAUAAAGUUAAUUUUGAUGGCGCUAUUGAUAUGAAUUCCAAAAUGGGAGCUAUUGGCUUUGUAGUUAGUGAUUUUGCAGGCAAAAUUGUCUUUACUAGGGCUAGACGUUUUCUAGGCAUAGUGAUACCGAUUGUGAUAGAGGCGCUGGCGCUUCAGACAUUAAUGGAGGAGGUAUUACAUACAAGAUACAGCAAUCCAAUCUUUGAAAGAGAUUGUCAGGUUCUGAUUGAUGCUGUUAGUUCCUCCUCUAGUAAUGAUCAAGAUGCCGGAGUAAUAUUAGAAGAUAUCCUUAGUCUAGUUUUCAGAUUUUCGGAAAUUAGAUUUCAGUAUGUCAACCGUAAUUGUUAUUGGGUGACCCAUUUGGUGGCUAGAAAAGCCCUAUUUGAUGACUGCUUUUGCAGGUCUCAUCAUUCUAUUUUGGAAUGA